CGCUGCCACUGGAGGGCGAGACAACAGUAGAAAACGGAGGAAAAGGAGGCAAAGGUGAAACGAGGAAAAAGGGAGAGAGAAACGAACAGGUUUACAAGCAGAGCCUUUGUUCCCUCUCGGCCGACUGUCUUCGGUUAACUCUGCAGAUGUCUGUGGCGAUCGACGUCUCGGGGUACGAACUCCAGACGCUCGCGCUGUCUUUCGGGAGCUCGCUGUCGCUCUUCUGUCAGAAGAAAGCGGCCUUUCUCUUCCUGCCUUCUUCUCUUCUUGUCCACUUCUUCGCUUUGCUUCACUGUGUCGCCCCCUGCGAGUGACCGUUUUGCUUCCCCCCUGCACUUCUCGUGUGAAGCUGCAGAAAAGGACUUUGGCGCGUUUGCCUGCACAAGUCCGAAUGGCGCCUUUUGGACUGGAAAACCAUGCACACAUACAUGCUGUUUUCAUCUGUUCCGUUUUGAGUCGUUGCCUCUCCGUACGUCGCAGGCGAGUCUUGUGAACUCUGUUGUGUCUGUCGUCCUCGCUCUCCCCUUCAACCCAGCCUCGUGCCAUUCUCAGGGUCGCCAUUUUUCUCUCUUUUUCUCUCCUUUUUCUUCGUCGGUGUAGUCACUGUUUUCUUCUCUUUCGUUUUGUCUUUUUCUCCGUUUCCCCCCGUAUUUUUUACUCUUUUUUCCGGUCUUCCUUCCCUUCGUUGUCUUGCGCUCCACCUGCCGGAGACCUCGCAACUCUUCGUCUUCACCUUCUUCUUCUUAUUCAUCUCCAGCUUGUUCAUCUGCGUUACCUCCGCCUGCCUCCCCUUCGUCUUCUUCUCUUCGUCUGUCGUCUCCACGUUUCUUUUCCAAUUCUUCUUGAAUUUUCAUGGAUUUCUUCUUCAAGCAUGGCAAGCACAGCACCAUCAUCCCUCGCUGCGAGGGCAGACCCGUACUACGCUGCGCGAGACGUGACCGCUGAAGGCAUCAAAGACCUCGAACGCUCUUUUCGCGACUGGCAACAUCAACGCGGCGCCGAUCCCAAGAGACACGCCAACGCAGGCCGCCGCCUCCUGGAGACGCUUGAGGAACUCUUGGGCGAAGUUGCGACGAUCGAGAAAACUGUUGAAGCUGCGGAACGCCAUGCGGCGCGCUUCGGACUCGCCCCAGAAGAAGUUCAGCAGAGGAGAGCCUUCGUCGUGGCGCAACGCGACCUCCUCAAACAUAUUCAAUCUCGCAUUCUGGCUUCUCUCGAAGCACAGAAAGCAGCGACGUCGCAUGCUUCGUCGCGCGUCGUCGCCGAAGCAAAUGCGGCUUUCUUCCACUCCCAGCAACAGCAGCAGCAGCAGCUGCUUCUUCAACAAGACUCGCAACUCGAGGAACUUUCUCUGAGCGCCAAUCGCCUGCACGAAACGGCCUUGAUGAUCAACAGGGAACUGGAGGAUCAACAACGCAUGCUGAACGAACUGGACGACGACAUAGAACACCAAAAUGCCCAGAUGAAUUUCCUUAUGCGACGCAUGGCAAAGAUUUUGAAAACGUCAAGCAUGCGGCAACUCUGUCUGAUUCUCUGGCUGUCAUGCAUUGCCUUGUUACUUUUUCUUCUGCUCAUCAUCACGUAGCAGCAGAAAGGGGAAGCACCGCGAUUUCUGUUGCGCGUGAGACUUCAGGUUUCUCGAGAACUCGAGAGGAGAGACUGAGACCUGAGCCAGCUCUUGGUUCGACUGAGAAUUCACACAAGACAUGCAGUGACGCCUGUCGAAGGACGCCCACCCUUCAGGCGCUGCCGACUGUGCAGACGCACCUGAAGUUGUCACUGUCGCGGGGGGAAACACCAGCGCCCAGCUGUGCAUAGGUGAAUUCUGAGAAGAGCUAAUGUCCCUACUCGAAGUUGUCUCUUUUCUCUCCGGCCUCUGUCUUGAAGACGGACAGGCAUGACAGUUGCGUUCGUGUUGAAAGCGAACGGUGGGCUUCCUUCGAUCUGAGAAAGACUUCGUUCUCGUCGGAGACUUCCGCCUGAGGUCGCGGAAAGCGACAUCGUGAACGAACCGGAUACCGUCCACCGGCCUCGGUCUCCCGCCGGACAAAAGCGGUUUUUCCUUCCUUCCUUGCGUUCCUUUCCUCCUCUGGAAACAGUGAUUCGUCAAGAUGCGUCGAGGAAACCUGUUGUUUGCUACACUGUAAAUCUGUGACGUUCUGUGUCAUCUUUCGAUCCCAGGGAGCUGUCCUCGGAAAGGACAUGCAGGCGCGCCUUCACACGCUGCGCCCUGUUAUUCUUGUUCUUCGCCUCCAGAUUUUUCUCAGAACCUCACCGAUAGGGAUCAACUUCAGUGGCGUAGAAUCUCCCAGUCCACCACUUUGCGCUGUCUCUGGGGUAGCGAGCAACAGUCGCGAAGAACGCGUUUUCUGUGUCUUUUCCUCUCCUGACCUUCUUGACUGUCUCCGCACCUACAUGCUUUUGAUGAAGUUCCACUUUCUCGAACUCUUAAAAUCAGGUCUGCAGGGAAGCAGAGGCUCUGCCGGGCAGACGCCAAAGGAAACCUGACAGCCAAAUGGCAGUUAAAUAAGUUCUCUGCUUGCUCGUUAUUGAGUGAAUCGAUCUUGUCAGAGAAGAAGGCACAGAACAGCCAGGCUAGGAAAUGGAGAACAUGGACGAUUCACGAACAGUUCAGAUGCGCCCCCGCAGACACAUCGACGCUCGGAAGAGGCAACACCAUUUCUUCGAAAUUCACUCCAGCUUAACAUCUGAGAAUUUUCCUGAUGCUGAUGUAAAGAAAGGACUCCAGUGGUGUAGGCACAGCCCUCACAAGGAUUCACGAUGUCCUUGUAAUCGGCUAACGCGUGUGAGACUUGCAAAUGUGACACGGAUGGAUGCUCAAAAAGU